UGACGCAUUGGGAAUUUGCAACAAACAGACCGAAUUCGCGCUAGUUCCGUAUUCCAAGAUUCUACAGCUCCACAGCCUGUUUAUCUAAAGAACUCCUAUCUUCUCCCGUGUUCUCCGCUCAAUUUCUUCGUUGUUUCGUUAAGUUUAAGUGUUUUCCAUCCUUUAAUUCUACCCAUGAAAAAAUCUGCUCUCAUCUGUGAGUUCCAUUUGUUCUAGAGAUGGCCCCGUACGUACUAGUAUCUGAUGGCGAAGUAGUUUUCUAUUUGCGGAACAUCAUUUAUUCGAUUAGGACUUGUUCUAAUUUUUGAGAAUGAUUUACAAGUGCAGUUUUCAUUAGUAAGACAAAAUUUGUUUAUUCAUUUUAGAAGAUUGAUAGGGCACUAAUAUUCAACUUAAUUUUAAAGCCCUUGAUCUUCACCGUAUGGUUGGAAUUACGCAAUAUAAACACACCAUGACCUUUGAGCUUCGAAUUUCGGUUUUGCCUCUUUUACGAGCUUAAGUAAAUGCCAAGACAGUAGAGAAAAUUCCAUUCUACGUACAAUAUUUCUCUUUCAAUAAUACAAUCAUUACAUAAAAUUUGAAUACUUUAUAACUUGUAUUUUCACAUAUGUGAAUUUUAUUCUUCAGGUAGAAUAUGCGACGCUUUUGUACUUUGAUUUUUAAGUCCUUUUGCUGAAGGAAUACGAGAAAUCGUUUUUAGAUAAUAGAUACAAUCAAGAUUCUAUAUCGUUGUUGAAAGUGUUUUUUCUUAGAAUAUCGAUUCAGAUGUUGCAAGUUGUAUAGGAUAUAUCAAAUUUUAAAUUGAUGUUGCUAGAAAUGUGCCGUGUGAAUACAGAAUAUUUUUAACGUUUUCCCGCCAAAUAAAAUUGCUAUAAUUAAUUCCCAAAGUGAUAUAUUAUGUUUAAAAUAAUCUAAACUUUGAAACUGAGACCGCAGCGAUUCACAGUGAAUACUUAAAUUAGUGGAUUGACAAUACUGAAAAUCAAAAUGCAACAAAUGGACAGUGAAGAAACGAACAGUAUCGGCAAAUCUGGGUCGAAUGUUGACCUCAGCAGUACCUUAAAAAGUGGUACUUUUACACUGCAGAGCAAGAAAGAACGGUACUGGGAACUGUUUUGGGAACACAAGCAUGUCACUAUUACCUUAUGCUUCGUGUUUUGGGCAUUCGGAACAUGUGUGGCAUUCCUUGGUCCAACAUUGCUGGAUUUGGGAUGCAAAACCAGAACUGUGUUUAACACCAUGUCAUGGGUUUUCUUCAGCCAAUCUUUAUUCAUCUUAAUUGGUUCAGCAUGCGCAGGAUUCAUGUUGAAAAGGUUUUCCUCAGAAAUGAUGCUGCUGGUCGGCACAGCCAUGAUGACGGUAUCCAUGGCUUCCAUUCCGCUGUGCAACGCUCUGUGGGCCCUCGUUAUGGUUUUGGCAGUCAUGGGAUUCUUCAUGGGCACUAUAGACACGGUAGCAAACGUUUCCAUGAUAUGCAUCUACGGCAAAGAUGUAUCUCCCUUUCUACAGGCAAUCCAUUUUUUCUAUGGAGUGGGUGCCUUCAUCAGCCCAAUGAUUGCGCAGCCCUUCUUGCUGAAUGAGGAUUGCAGCCCAUUCCUGUCCAAUGCCACGGAAUCUUUUUUUCCAGACACUGAGAACGAGACUUUACCAGCAGCCACGCUUGAAGAAGCUAGAAGCAUGACACACAUAGAUUACGUUUUUUUCAUUAUGGCUCUUACCAUGGUGCCGGUGGUUUUACUUGCCUUUACUUUGGUAGGCAAGAAGCACUGCUUACAGUGGCUUGGUGGACAGGCUCCAGAACUAGAAAAUAAAUUGAGCAGAGAGUAUGAGAAUAUGGGAGGGGAUAAUGACAGUUCAGACCACAUUCCUAAAAGCCAACUUCAAAUAGUGGUUGUGACUGUUCUAUCUGCAAUUCUCAUGUUCCUUUACGAUGGAUUACAGGCGGCUUAUGGCGGAUAUAUUUACACUUAUGCUGUAAAAGGGCCGACAAAAUUCCAUAGAUCUGACGCUGCAUAUCUCAAUGCUCUUUUCUGGGGUAUGUUUGCUACAGGAAGAUUGCUAUCAAUAGCAUUAGCAACAAAGCUUUCACCGUCUUUUAUGCUUUUUUGGAACAUCAUUGGCUGUAGCGUCGGACUUCUACUAAUGUUGGCACUGCGAUACAGUCAAGUGAUGCUGAUCCUUGGAACAUGCAUGCUUGGAAUUUUCAUGAGUAGUGUAUUCCCCACAGCGCUUUCUCUCACAGAGCAAUACAUCCAUGUCACCCCCAGUACAACCAGUUUUCUGGUAUUUGGAGCUGCAGUCGGAGAAAUGACACUUCCUGUUAUAGUUGGUCACGUGUUUUACUUGUCUGGACCAACGAGCUUCCUCGUAAUCGGAAUGAUACUGUGUUUUAUCUCCACCAUUGUGUACAUGUCACUGUGGUUAGCAGGACUGACCUUACUCAAGCCUGAAACAACACCUGGUAUCAUGGUAUUUUUCACUAAACUGAUGCCAGAAACUGUUCAAAAGAUGGAGGGAGAAAAUACCAGCCUCGUGAACCAGAACGUGCAAUAUUACUCCCGAAUGAACACAAGCCCCACCCACAGUCUCGAAGAACAAGAUUGCAUGAUCAACUUUGUUAAGAAAGACCGCGAAUCGUCUCAUUAACAAGCAGAUGAGAUCAAAGAUGGCGAACUUUUGUUUGUUUUUCUAAAAUCUGUCUGCCCGCGGAUGGUAUGGAAUCGGCAACGGCCAGUUAAGACGAGUCUACUCGAAUGAGGGAGAAAAGAAAAUUUAAAACAAUAUAUUGGCAUGUUUCGUUUAUUUCAAUGUGACUCUGCUUGAUUUAGAGGCUAACACACAUCUGAAAAAACUGCAAACUAAUAGAAGCGUCCAUUUCCGCCAGUAAACCGGAUGUUCGCCUUUCCAUCUCAUCGAUGGUCAGACAGAAGUGUAACCUGAGUUACCGAUUGGCAAAGAAUUGGGAAAAAUAUUCAAUAAAGCAAGGAUCAUUUUCAUUAAAGACGCAAUGGUUUUCUUAAGAAGAUCGAUCGAAAAUAAUAAUUUAACUUUUAACACGAAAAUUUAUAUACAGUCAACGCUCGAUAACUCGAAGUCCUAAGGGUUAAGUUAAAACGUUUGAGUUAUUGGUAGUUCGAGUUACGGGGAGUUUCCACAACAGUCUCAAGAGUUUGGGACCCGAUGAAAACUUUGAGAUAAAGGAAUAUUCGAGUUAUUAUAAGCUUCGAGUUAUCGAGAUUCGACUGUAAUUUUCAGGCAGAAUUAUAUUCUUUCGGACUGAGUGAUAUUUCUUCAGUUUGUAAGAAAACUAAAACUAAAAAAAAAAAAAACAUUAGUUAGACAUUAUGAAACAGCAAUAAAGCAAAAACAUUUUAAAGAUGUUUCGCAUUACAUCUAAUUUGUUUUUUCAGCAUCUAUUUCUAAAUUCCGAUAAAAAGCAAAUCGUUCAUAAGAAUAUUUUCCAAGGAAGCUAGCUGCGCAUAAACUAUGUCCCUUUAUUUCAACAUAUUAGACCUCCCGCACAAAGUGUCACACUUCACCUUACCCCUUUGUCACAUGUCACUCUGUACUAUACAUAUUGUUAAAAAAAAAGUUCUUAUUUCAACCUAAAUGUGUUAUGUCACACUUUUUGCUGCCCCCCUCUCUCUUCACAGUUUCAGAAAGCUCUCCCCCCUCCCCAUUGAUGCAAUAUAUGUGGACGACCAUUAAAAUUCGAUUGAUUAAAUUUUCGAAAUUUUCUUUCAUUUUACUUUAUUAUCAAAUCUCUUUAUGCCUAGGCUUGCCAGACGUCCCGUUUGACCGGGAAAGUCUCAGUUUUUAAACAAAAUCCCGGUGUCUCGGCCGGUUUACUUCACGUCCCGGAAAAAAAUGAAUUUGAUUACGAAUGACCAACAAGCUCCAAAAAUAGUUAACUGUGAAUGAUAAUUUUGGAUAAUUACUUUAUCAUUUGUAUCAUUGACUUGUAAAAUUAAUACCGGAUUAGCUUGUCAGGAUUUUACCAACAAGAUAAAGACUAAAAAAAGUCCUAUAAAAUGAAAAGGAUAGCCUAAUAUUGUUUAAUUUUUUAUUCCUCAUUCAAAGUGUUUUUUCUAAUUGAAAUAAAUUGUAAAUAUUUACAUCUUGGAAGUGAAAUGUUCCAAUUUUAUCUGCUUAUAUGUCCUUUUUUAGUACCCCUGUUUUAGGUUCAUAAUUUGUAACUACUUAUUCGUAGCAUUGAGAAUUAAUUGCCGAUAAAAUGCUCCGAAAAUCAUCCAGGGGUUUGUACCCAUUUGAAUACUGGUGACGCGGGGGGGGGGGGGGAGCAUUCGGGUGUUCCGGUUGAACAUGUCAGAUAUCUGGCAAGCCUAUUUAUGCCCAUAGGUGCAUAUUAGUGUACCGUUAUCGCAUUCAGAUGUGCAAAAAUCUUACAUCAGACACACACAAAAAAAGCCUACUUAUUAACAUUCUUUUCGCCUCCUCAGAAGACAAACAAAUGACGUUGUUAUCGGAAAUCAGGAAACUUAUCAGAGAUUGUGAAGAGAAAUCGAGUAGGUUAUCAAAAACUUGAUCCAUCAGUGGUUCUCAUUCUUUCAGACUAUCUAAAAAUCUCUUUUUUCGCUACCUUCACAAAAAUCUGAUUUUAAAAUCGGUACUUUCACAAAAAUCAAGUAACAAUAUCCAACUUCACAAAAUUAACUUUGAAAAUCGGCAUAGUCACAAAACAAUAUUGAAAAAUCAAAAGUUUCACAAAAAUCUGCAUUUUAAUGUAGAAAACUUUGUUUUCACCCAACGCAAUCUUUUAGCAUCAGGGUUUUGGCGGUUAACGAUUUCCUGAAUGUACACAGUACAAAGCCUAUUGAGCUGAGAUACAAUGGUAUUUUUCCUAUCUCUAAGACACCCCCCCCCCCCAAAAAAAAAACCCCUGUUAGAAAUAAUAGAUGACAUUUGUACUUUUCAAACUAACGUUUAAGUUGCUCUAACUUUCUUUAACAAAAAUUAGAAUGUGCCUUUAAAAAAUCAUAAAAUCAAUACUGAUAAAAAAAUUUCACAAAAAUAGAAUAUUGAUGCAAAAUUUUCACAAAAAUAGGUAGCGAGAAAAAAAAUCCUGGAUAUGCCCCUGAUUAUCCUUGCUCAAUAUUUUGACUUUAUGCCUACUAAUGCUGAAAAUAUAGAUUCACAGGGAUAUGCGGAUAAAAACUGCACUAAAAACUUCAAAAAAAAAAAAAAAACACACGAUAAUGUAGAAAAUAUUUGCGUGACCUCAAAACUGAGUAAAGUAUAGUUAGUUUUGCUUUUAAACUUAUUUCUGAAAUUUCAAGUCUCCCUUGAAAUCCUUCUAUACCUAGAGGGGGGAGGGGCAUAUUGAGAAUCCCUGUUAUAUACAUAGUAAUGUGAAAGAUAGCUCUCUUUCGCUCGUCGAAAUUUUCUUCAACUUCAGAAACCUAUAUUCCCAGAAUCAGCGAAUUAAAUCCCAGUAACUUCAUUUCAAAGUAAGAAAACGUAACAAGAAACAGAAAAAUUAUGUUUUGAGUAGACAAAAUUACUAUCAACUGUCAAGGAAAAUUCAAAAUGAAAACUAAAAAUAUUAUUUUUGAACUGAAAUACACUGUUGUGCUAUAUUUUAGGCUUCUGCUGGUGAAAUUUACAAAAUUUUACAGUUGAUAUCUGUACCUCAAAGGGAUACAACACUAUGUCCAUUUGGAAAAAAAUGGACAUAGUGUUGUAUCCCGCUGAGGUACAGAUAUAUGUAACAGCUCUUUAAAAUCUAGAAAAGCUACCUUUUUUGAAAAAAGAAAAGCAUCACACAAUUCUUUUUUUUUCCCAUCCAAAUUUUUACCGUUCUGCAAGUCGAGAAACACUGUCCGACAGUAUGAAAUAUAUAAAUAAGAUGUAAAUAAAUGCUAAAAAGAGAAAGGAAAUGCACACGGAGCAUGAUUUGCAACCACGGGCGAACUGGUCCAUUGGCCGAUGCUUUCUCAAGUCUGAACACCUUAUUUAUUUAUUUUGAAAUUUUUAUUUUAUGAUGCAACUCCCUUAUUCUCUUCUUUGCCCUCACAAAUCUGUGAGAUUUCACUUUUUUUUUUGCACCUUUUUUUUCCUCUUUUUUGCACUUAUUUAUUAUUAUUAUUUUUUUCGUCCUUUGGAGGCCAAGGUUGUCGCACUCUUGCGGGGCCCAGUCCGCACCUGUUUACAACAGCCUCUAGAGAGGGUAUAACAUUGAAAUUAAUCAUUUUUUAAAAUGUCUUUCUUGAAACAUUCUAGCAUUCCCAUAAAAAUCGAAUUCCUUUUUAUUUCUAGAAAUCCGGUUAAAAUGUCGAUAAACUUUCCUUUGAAAUAAUUUGUGAUUUUAGCUAAUUUUGAAAACAUUGAACUGAUACUAGUAAGUUGAUAUUGUUACGGGAAAGUAGGUUCGUUCGGUUCUGGACGGAACUUUUUGAUUAAAAAAGAUUUUCAAUUUUAUCAUAACUACAAAUGAGUUUAAGAUGAUUUUCAAGAAUACCUGCUUAUUAAAAAAAAAUAAAAAAACCUUUAAGGUUUAUAUAUAAUUCUUCUUUUAUUUUGAUUCUUAUUUCAUCAAGUUAUUUUAAUAAACAUUGAUGCAUUACUAGCUAAAGGCAUGUAGGUGGCGCUAACAUCGAAAACUGAAAAUGGCGUCUAUGAAAAAAAAAAAACCUCACAAGAGCAUCACACGGGCAGUUUUCAAGGUCAACCCCCUGAACUUUGAAUUUAUCAUAUUGUCAAUUCUAAAAUGACAAUUAACAUUUUAUGGAGUGUCAAAAUGUUUCGAGAUUCACGAUUUUUGCAGAUUUUGCGUAGGAAAACAAAUUUGCAUUCUUGCAGAAAAUAAAUUAUAACUUUUGUAUUUACAAAACAAUAUUGAUGAACAUUUUUUGAAUGUUCAUGAAUAUGCAAGGAUUGUAGAAAAAAUAUAAUUUACGUAACACGACAUAAGGACUGUUACGACCAAACCAUCACCCUGCAGAAGGUAAAUUCUGGCUGCUCUAGUGCCUGGUAGAAAGUUGAAAAUUGUCAAAAUCUUCUCAGAACAAAAAAAAAAAAAAACUGCGCACAUAGAAGUGUGUUAACAUUGUAAUAAAAACUUUUUGGGAUAGAGAUCUGAAUAAAGAGUUUUGUUUACAUCUUAAGUAUUCUUUUUUUUUAUUUUUAGAAAGAUUUUUCUUCAUCAGUUCAAGACUUAAUUUGAUAUAUGAGAAUUGAAAAAAAAAAAAAAACAUCCUUGUUUGAUA